AGAGUUCUAUCUCUCGACGCAACGGAGGCGGUGUCCUUAAAAGUGCCUGUAGAAUUUUUUUCCGUUAACUUUUUCUUCGUUUUUUGCCCCCGCGUCAACACUUUUUCGUUGAACCAUGAGGACGUACUACGUAAUAGCCGCCAUACUGAUCGCCGGGACGCACGGUCAGGAAUCCUUCAAAUGUCCGGACGACUUCGGGUUCUAUCCUCAUCACAUAUCGUGCGACAAGUACUGGAAAUGCGACAACAACGUGGCGGAGCUGAAGACGUGCGGCAACGGUCUGGCGUUCGACUCCAGCGACAGCAAGUUCCUCACCGAGAACUGCGAUUAUCUGCACAACGUGGACUGCGGCGAGCGCACGCAACUCGAGCCGCCGAUCAGCACGCCGCACUGCGUUCGCCUCUACGGCAUCUUCCCCGACGAGAAGAAGUGCGACGUCUUCUGGAACUGUUGGAACGGCGAGUCAUCCCGUUACCAGUGCAGCCCCGGACUGGCCUACGACCGUGAGGCCAGGGUGUGCAUGUGGGCUGAUCAGGUGCCCGAGUGCAGAAACGAAGAGGUCGCCGGAGGUUUCACGUGUCCGGCUGCGGGAGAAGUGAGCGGCGCAUCCGGCAGCUUCAGCAGACACGCCCAUCCGGAGGAUUGCAGAAAGUACUACAUAUGCCUUGAGGGCAUCGCCAGGGAGUACGGCUGCCCGAUCGGCACCGUCUUCAAGAUCGGCGACGCCGACGGCAGCGGCGCCUGCGAAGACCCCGAGGACGUUCCCGGAUGUGAGGAUUACUACGGUGACCUGGACCUGAAGAGCAUCCGGAAGAGCGAGCUGCUUGCCGGCAUCCAGAGCGAGCCGAGAAAGCCGAACCAGGCCCUCAAACCUAGGCCGUCGACAGUAGGAGGGCCCACGAGGCCCUCACCCGUCCAGGAAUAAAUCCUGACUUACCUCGCUCUUUCCUCCCUCCAGCCCCCGACUUUUUCCACACCCUCUCUUCCUUUCUGUCUCUUUCUGUCUCUUUCUAUCUCUUACUGUCUCUCUCUUGUUCUUUCUACCUCUUUUAUUCUUUUUCUCUCUAUAUCUUUCUCUUUCUUUUUGUUGUGCUAUCAUUUAAUUUUAACAAAUUCUGUUGUUUAACGCAAGUUAUUGGUACGAAAUCCAGAUUAGAAAAUUAAAAUCGCACUUCUUUCUACAAGAAAUAAUGAUCUUUUAUUACGGUAUAAUUCUGAGAAUCAUACUUAUGUGUUCAAGAAUUCAGGCGAAGAAUUAUGUCCCACUUUUCA